GUAUUGAUUAUACCUAGGUACAUAGACUUGGCCUUCAAUGUCCAUCUUACUGUAACAACCGAAGUUGUCUUCCCGUUUGAAAGAUCUAGAAGCUUGCAAAGGUAUAUAGGCGACAAACUCCCGCAUCUUGAGUUUGUCUGUUUUUCCUGUCUACUACUGAAUAUACUCCAUAAUCCAAACGAAGAACAAUUUCGAACUCUUGUCUCAGACAACAGAAAAUUGAAAUCUACAAUUACCUUGUUAAUAACCAUCUAAAACACAUCAACCACAAUGUCUGCCCUUAAAGCCGGAGACGAUUUCCCCGAAGGCGUCACCUUCACCUACGUCCCCUACAACCCGGACCAAGGCGCCGUGACGGCGUGCGGUAUGCCCGUCAAGUACGACGCCAGCAAGGAAUUUAAAGAGAAGAAGGUCGUCCUAGUCUCGGUGCCCGGCGCCUUCACGCCGACCUGCCAGAACACGCACAUCCAGGGCUACAUCGAGAAGCUGCCGCAGCUCAAGGCCGCCGGCGUCGACCAGGUCAUCGUCAUCUCCUUCAACGACGCUUGGGUCCAGGCCGCCUGGGCCAAGGCCAACGGCAUCAAGGAUGAGAUCAUCUUCGCCUCCGACGACGGCGCCCCCUUCAGCAGCAGCAUCGGCUGGACCCUCGGCGCCCGCACCGCGCGCUACGCCAUCGUCGUCGACCACGGCAAGGUCGUCUACGCCGAGAAGGAGCCCGCCAAGGAUGUCAGCGUCUCCGGCGUCGACGCCGUCCUGGCCAAGCUAUAAAAAUAUCGUAUCUAAAAUGAAUUCUCUACCUACCCUACUUUAGUACCCAUCCUACCUACUCUACCAUAUCGCAUCGCAUAUAGAAAGCUAGGAGGGGGACGAAAAAAACAGAAGUCAAUUCUACAGCGUGCUAGGUAGCAAACAUAGAGUGAACAGCUGUCAGCUACGGGGAAGAAAAUGGGGGAGAAGAGCGGAUUCACUCCUCUUUUCUAUGCCCCCAGGUCGGAAACAAGAGGAUUGGACUUAGCUGCUCCGGGACGAGCUCCCCUCAGCUACGAAUAUUCAUAGCACCGGAGUUUGGAAGCUGGUAGACUACUCAAUAGACUCAACUCAAAGCACACAUUUAAUGUCAUGU